AUGCAAGACAUCGGAGUAUUUUUAAGCAUUUUUGUUUUCUUCUUCGUUUUCUACUUUAGUGCCCAUAAGAAUGUCAUGAACAGGUACAAGAAUGAUAUUCCGUAUCUAGUCUGA